GGUCGAGCGCGUUCCCUGCUACAGUCGGAAAUCGGCCAGCGUGACGACAACACCAAGUCGACGAAUCGCGCAUUCUUUAAGAUACAAUCCAACAGUUAUUUCGUGUAUGUCUUUCGUGAAAAUAGUCAAUUAAUACCCACCAAUAAUAUUAUUAAUUACACCAUAUAUAUGUGUAAUAAUUAAACCUACAUACCAAUGUGUACACCGAUUUAAAUGAAUAGUUGUUGAGUUUAAAUAAAAAAAAGAAAGGACAAUUUAAAAAAAAUAAAAUAACGUGUCGCGAGUGUUUGUGUUAUUUAAAAACUGUUUAUUCAGUAGUAUCGGUAAUUUGUGUUACCGUUAAGACAAUUAGAUAUUUAUUUAUACUUAAUUAAAUAAUAAAACUAGCGAGUUAGUUUUAAUUAAAAUUUAUUUGUUUAAAAAUAGUAUUAUUAUAAUUAUAAUUAUAAUUAAUUAUUAAAUAAAACUUGUGAUGGCGAGUUUAUCAAGUGGGCGACCUGCGGUCAUUGCAAUUCUUAUGCUGCAUCUAGCGUGGGCUAAUGCAGCGUCACUAGAAAUUUUACCUUAUGGUGAAAUCCAAUCUAAACCCAGUGGAUCAAACCUUUUCCUUACGUGCAAAUUAACUGGCGUUAAUGAUCCCAGCUUAGGAAAUAUACAGUGGUUGGAUCCAUAUAACCGUAUUAUUGAAUUACGAAACUCGUUCACAUCCAAUGAUAAAUCUGGAAAUCCAAUAGUCUACACAGAAAAACAACAAGACAACAGUCUUUCACUGUAUUUUAAUCCACUGAAAGAAGAUCAAACUGGUCAGUACACUUGUAUCGGAAGCUAUGCGCUCACUGAGACUUUCAACAAGACUGUAAAGGUUCAAACAAUUGACGCCAUUACAUGGGUUGACGCUCCAGAAACUCAGUAUGCAAUUGUCGGUAAAGAGUACAAAAUAAAAUGUCAAGUCAGUGCUCGACCGGCUCCAACAGUCGAUUGGUAUUUAGGCCCAAAAGCUAUUUUAACUGAUGAUCAUUACAUCGUAGAAACUCACGCAUUAAAAAUCACUAGUGUAAGCGAUGACGAUUCCGGCACAUAUAUUUGUCGCGCGGCCGUAUUAGAAACUGGUGAACUUCAAGAACGUUAUAUUAAACUAAUUGUUUAUGAAGAACCAAAACUUCAAGAAGUAAGUUCUGAAAUCGAAAUAAUUGAAGGAAAAACAGCAAGUAUAACUGUUUGUAAUGCUACUGGAAAACCACCACCAACUUACUCGUGGAUAAAAACAAUCACAAAAGACAACCUUACAACGGUAAAUCGUUUUGGUGUAGAUCGUGAUACUGGAAUUCUUACCAUCACUGAUGUACGUCGUGAAGACAGCGGAGAGUAUCAGUGCAUAGCUGAAAAUCCAGCAGCUUCAGCAAAUAUAAACAUACGAAUAAAUGUUAUUGAAAAACCUAAAAUAAUGGAAUUUAUUAACAGAACUCAAGCUGUACAAAAAGACGUUGAAAUAACAUGCAAAGCUUAUGGUCGUCCACCACCAAUAGUUGUCUUCAAAAAACAAACAAAUGACAAACCAUUUAGUAAAGGAAUUCAACAAAACGAUGAUCGUAUUGAACUUACAAGUAUUGAAAAUGUUGCAAACGGUGAAACUGUUGCUGUUUUAUCAAUUCGACGUUUACUACGUGAAGAUGAUGGCAUUUACGAAUGUAUAGCUACCAAUAAAGUAGGAUCUAGUUACAAAAAUGGACACUUGACUGUUGAAUUCCCGCCGUCUUUUGCCUCAAUGACAAAUCAUUCAAUUUGGUCGUGGGAUCGUAGGCCAGUUAAUCUAACCUGUAUCGCUGAAAGUAUCCCCAAUGCAACGAUCCAAUGGUACCACGGCGAACGUCCCAUUUUACAAACAGAGUUGGCUACUUCUGAAAUUUAUAGGCAGUAUGGUAAUGGACCUAUCAGCACUCUUCGAGUUACACCAGUUGACACCAGAUACUACGGACAUUACCGUUGUCAAGCUAAAAAUAUUCAUGGUGAAAAAGUUCAUACAAUCCAAUUGAAAGAAGGCAAGAGACCAGAUACUAUUCCACAAGCACGUAUGUCCGAAGUCACAGCAACGACAAUAACAUUCAAUAUUGAACCACCACCAAUGGAACCAGAGUUGCCAGUUAAAACCAUCACUGUACAAUAUCGUGAAGUCAACCAACCAUGGAAAGAUGCAUUGAACAAAACAUGGGCAUUAAACUCGCCGUAUAUUUUGGAACAUUUAAAACCAGCAACUACAUACAUGUUUCGUUUUCUCGCGACAAAUGACGUAGGUCCAGGUAACUGGGGUGCACAGUUUGAAGAAAAUACGCCUAUGAGAACAGUACCAAAUGCACCUAAAUUCCAGCCAAGAGUUGACAAUCCUAAUUACGAUAUUUCAUUGUACAGCAAUCAGUAUGAAAUUAAUUGGAUAACGCCGCCAGAUAAUGGUGAACCAAUAGACAAAUAUGAAAUCCAUUACUGUGAAAUAAAACGCGUUAAUGGUGACUGGAAACAACAAGACAGUACGUGUGUACGCGACGAAAUAAAAGGACAGAGAUCUAAACAUUACAUCAAAAAUCUUACUCCCGAUACGAUUUAUCGCGUCGAGCUUAGAGCCCACAAUGUUAUCGGCUUUGGAAAGACCGAGGUUCUACAAUUCAAAACAGCUAAAGAAUCAAGUGGCAGCACUGUGGACUACUCGAUACUAUCUUCUGGAGAACAAAAUACACCAGUACUUCAUCAAGGACCUUUAAUAUCAAGUGCUGCUAUCAUUGGUAUUAUCAUUGCGAUAUUAAUCCUCAUGUUGGUUCUCAUUGACUUAAUCUGUUGCUGCACACAUCGAGCAGGUAUUAUUUUUUAUGUCUGUGAAAGAUCACGAAGAAAACCCAUUGAUGAAGAGGAUGCGAAACUAGGAAGAGAAGAAAAAGAACCACUUAAAGAAGAGAAAAAAAUAACACCAAUAAUCGACUCUGGUUUAAGACGAGAAACAUCCAUCACCUUUGAUGGCAAACGAUCAAUCUCAAAGACUGGCUUUGUGGGAAAAGAUUCGGCCGUUUAGAUAUUUUUCCGGCGUACUAGAUUAUAAAUUUUUAUUAUUUUAUGCCAACAUAAGUAGUGACGCGUUAAAGUAUGUAAUAACUAUUAAAACAAACAAAAUAAUUAAUUAAUUAAUUAAUUAAUUGAUUGAUGAGAAAUUUUAAAUUGACAAAAUAAAAUUUCUCUCUGCUCGAAAAAAUUGCUACACCUGCCAUAAAUAUUUAAAUUAAAUAAUAUAUAAAAUAAAUAAAUAAUUUCAAAUUAUUUGGUACAAAUUUGACAGCUGCAUUAGCUGUGAAAAAAAAGGUAAUAAUAAUAAUAGAAAGUAUUAGAGAAUUUUAUUCCCCUUUGUAGUAUCCUCUUAUCCACAAUGUAAUCAGAUCAUAAAAUUAAAUCCGCCCCACGUACUUAAAUUUAAAAACUAUUUACUGAUGUGAGUAAUUGAUACUUAUGCAUAAAGUUUUAUAAUAAAAUAAAUAAAUAUAAUAUGUAGAUUUACGAGCUAAUAGUAGUUAUUAUAAUGCUUUCAAUAAGCUUUUUUUUAUUUUAACUUCGUUAAUGUAACUGACGCCGAUCUAGUACGCUGGAUAUUAUUUAUUAAACACGAUCUAUAAAUUUUAAAAUUGAAUUUGAGUAGGAUUAUGCAUGUAAAUGGGGCGAAGUUCAACGUAAAUAUAUAAAAAAAAAUAACAAACUUAAAAAAAAAAAAUCAUGUGAUGACUAAUGAGAUUAUUUGUGGGUCGUAAACCAAGUUUCGAAUUCAAUUUCAAACUUACAUUCACGCAUAUACGUGAAUUUGUGUAUAUAUAUAUUUAUAUAUACCUUAUAAGAAAAAAAAAAAUCCAUUCUAUGGAUGUCGAGUAUUCUAACUAAAUAUAAAUUCUGUCCAUUUUUUUUAAUUACAAAAAAUAAUUUAUAUGGGAAAAAAAUUGAAUAAUUAUGACGUUAUUAAAUUUAAAAACCUUUUCUGUUUUUAAGACUGAUUCAUUUAAGACUAACAAGUUUAUUUCCAUAAAAGAAUGAUUUUUUUUUGUUCUCCCCGUGUAAAAAAAGGUUGAAAAAGUGUUUUAUUCUAAACUUCAUAACGGGACACAACGAUGAACUUUUUUUGAACUUUUGAAGUUCAAGAGAAAAGUCAAUAAAUAUCUUGAUAUUAUUAAGAUAUGCUAAAACAAAAAAUGUUCAGAAAUGAUUCAAAAUAGUUUUUCUGUACGUAUUUUGCAUUAAAAAAAAUGAUAAAUUCUAUUACUUUUAAUGAAGCGUCAAGAAAAUUUUGCAAAUGAGUCAAAAACGUUAAUUUGUAAUGAGUGUGAAUGUAUCAGACAUCAGACAAAUUUAAAACUACAAAUAAAUAGAGUAAAUAAUUAAAAAAAUAAUAUUUAUAAAAAAAGCACUUGUUAAUUUUGAAAUUUUUUAAACGCGCAUUUGUUUUAAAUUUUAUUUUUUAAUUAUUCUCUAUUAAUUAACUAAUAAUUUAAAAUUGGUCUGAUGUCUGCUACAUUCACACUCAUAAUCUGUAGUAUUGUCAAUUGUUUUUUUCUUUGUAUUUUCAGAAGUUUAAAAAAAAUUGUCAUUGUGUUUGUUUUGAAGUUUAGAAUAGUCAACACUUUUUAAAACGAUUUUUUUUAUACGGGUGACAUGAUAACUAAAAAUAAAUAAAACAUAAAUUUAUAUUUCAUAUUAAAACAUAAAUAACAAUUUAAAUGUUGUUCACUGUACAUUUAAGCGUGUAUAUCAAUUCUUAUACAUUACCAAAAGUGUGUAAGAUAUAUAUUUAAUAACAUAAAUAUAUUAUAAUCUAUGAACCAGUUUACUUAUGAAAGUAUUAUUAACUAUUGUUUUUAUUAUUAUUUUUUUUUUUUGAGCUGGUAUUCUCAUGACAUUUUUUUUAUUUGACACAAUUAGUGUUAUAUUAAUUUUAAACAAUUUUACCGCUGAUUUUCUAAAAAAAAAAAAAAAUAAAACGAUUACUUAAUAACUUUAUUUAAAUAAAAGUACUUAUUAUUAAUUAGUUUAUUAAAAAUUACUUAAUUAAUAUAAUCGAAUAAAUUAUUUUAAGUUGUAUUCAAGCUUAACUAUAUUUAGCUUAUUUAAAUAAAAAAAAAAAUACUGCGGCACUU